AUGGGAAGCAAUGCAAAAUCAACUGCGAUGAGCCAAGGCUUGGAGAAGAAGAAGAAGAAGAAGAAGAAGAAGAAGAUGGACGAGCAAUGGAGUUCCGUUUACUCCUCCAAACAGUCCCUUAAUCGGCUUCACUUUCCCCCAAACUUCACCUUUGGUGCUGCCACAUCCGCUUAUCAGGUUGAAGGCGCUUCUAAUGAGGAUGGCAGAGGCCCUAGCAUUUGGGAUGCUUUUUGCCGUGUUCCGGGCAAGAUUAUGGAUGGGAGCAAUGGGGAUGUCUCGGUGGACCAGUAUCAUCGCUACAAGGAAGACAUUGACCUGAUGGCCAACUUGGGAUUUAAAGCUUAUCGAUUUUCAAUAUCAUGGAGCCGCAUUUUUCCUGGUAAAAUUAAUAUGCGAAAACUUUGUUUUAUUUUCAUGUGCAUUAACCAACUGUUAUUGUGGCUUUCAGGUCUUGAACCAUAUGCAACAUUGUACCAUUGGGAUCUUCCUCUAUAUCUUCAUGAGUCAUUUGGGGGUUGGUUGAAUGAACAAAUUGUGAAAUACUUUGCAAUAUAUGCAGAAACUUGUUUCUCUAGUUUCGGUGAUAGAGUGAAGAACUGGAUAACAUUAAACGAGCCCCAUCAGACUUCCGUGAAUGGUUAUUGUACUGGAGUUUAUGCACCUGGCAGAACUGAGCAUUCUUCAACUGAACCUUACAUAGUUGCUCAUCACCAGCUUCUCGCUCAUGCGGAAGCUGUUUCAAUUUAUAAUGAGAAAUACAAGGAUAAGCAAAGAGGGCAAAUAGGGAUAGUUGUGGACUGUGUAUGGUCAGAGCCUUUGACGGAUAGAGUAGAAGAUAUAAAUGCUGCAGCCAGGCUUCUUGAUUUUCAGCUCGGAUGGUACUUGGAUCCAAUUUACCGGGGAGAUUAUCCUGAAAUAAUGCGUGAAAAACUUGGAGACUGCCUGCCAAAGUUCUCUGAGAGAGAUAAAAACUUGCUUAAGAACUCAACAGACUUUGUUGGUUUAAAUCAUUACACAACUAGAUAUGUUCGUCACGCAGUAAAAAAUGACCUUGAAGACAGUGAUUACAAUAAAGUCCAGGAAGCAGAAAGAAUAGCCGAAUGGGAAGGUGGAGAGAUGAUUGGCGAGAAGGCAGCAUCACCAUGGCUUUACUUGGUUCCAUGGGGUCUCUGGAAACUUCUUAAUUACAUUUCUACGAGAUACAACAAUCCCCCAAUAUAUGUAACUGAAAAUGGUAUGGAUGAUGAAGAUGAUUCCAAGUCUCCGCUGCAUGCGAUGCUCGAUGAUAAAUUAAGAGUUACUUAUUACAAGGGCUACCUUGCUGCUGUUCAUCAAGCAAUUAUGUGGAUGGAGCUGAUGUGA